AAUGGCAAGCACCUCAUUUCUAAACUUCAUGACAUUUCACUUAAAGGAUCCGAGAUAUCAAGACGUGACUUAGGUCUUUAAAUUAUAAUUAUAAUUUCAAGUUUUAAUUCUGCAUUACAUGGUAACCUAACGUCUCAAAUGCGUUUCUGCAUAUCGUCAAGCCAUCUUAAUUCCAUCUUACAGAUAUCCGAUGGCUAGGAACGGUAUAAGUGAGCCUGGUCCUCGCGUUCCCCACGGAGCUCCCGCGACCUGGCACAGUCAACUACCCGCUGAAGAGGAUGAAUCUGAAUGGGAAUAUGAAUAUUCCAAAACUGAGACUGAGAGCUUCUAUGUCACUCUGGAUCUCUCUCAAGCAGACUUUACUAGCCGUGAUGCCAGUGUUAUUAACAGGCCGGGCUAUCGAGGUGGCGAGAAAGCUGAAAGGGCGAAAUUGUACUUGAACAGGCGGAUGAGCCCUAGCAACGGUAUCGAUAAUAGCGACGACGAGAGAGAUCUAUCGCGAAAUUCAAACCCGAAAGAUUCUCAAGGUGCUGAUGAUGGAGAUGACCAUGAGGUUCAAAUCUUGGACCUCGAAACUACCAACCCGAUUAUUUCGUAUAAAGGGCGCGUCUAUUCAGGCCAAUGGAACCAGAACGUCGGCACCGAACUCCUCUUGGUAAAGCGUGACAACGAUAAUCCUCUUCCGGCUCUCCGGCAGCUGGAUCAUGAUGUGGAUCUCUUAGCCGCUAGCUGCGCGAGAAUCAACGUCAAGGAGAAGCAGCUCAAGCCCAAGGACGCCACUCUUAAACGGCAGCGUGAUGCGAUUGCGUCUAAGGAGCGGCAAAUCUCCCAACCUGCUGUCCCUCCUGCCGAAAAGUGGGCUGGGGCGGAAAGGGUCGCCCAGGGUAACUUUCUCGAGAAGUUCAUCGCGCUCAAGAAAAAGUUGGGCGAGACGGAUGAAGUCACUGUAAUUGCUAAGAGCAUGGAAGUGAGAGCCCAACACAACCGAAGCAGGAAACUCAAGCAAGGCCACCGGGGCAAAUUCAAUCUUCCUCAUACUAGGGGCCCGAGGAGAAUGAGGGUGAAAGAUGCUGGCAUUCUUAGAACGUUAUCGAUUCGCGAGGGGUCAGCCGCAACUUCACCUUCGCCUAGUGUUGCCGAUACUAUGGUUUCUACGCCUACCCCGCACCAUUGGGAUGAAUUGGAAGAAGGGGAGCAGGGCGACGACAACGAGGUGAUGGAUGGGAAUGGGGAUGAUGACGAGGUGGAUAGGAUGGAGUAUUAUGGAUCGGGAGGAGAGGGAGAUGAGAAUGAGGACGUGGACGUGGACAUGGACAUGGAUGAAAUCUAAGGAUUCUUCCAAGAACCUCGAUCAGAGUUAGUAUCGUGCUAAACUAUGUUCACCGUUACCGUAGUACCUGGUGGUUUGGUCAAGAGCCACCGAAAUGAGAAUCAAUCUUUGUGCUUUAAUUUGCCUAUCCUUAAGUAUCCUUGUCUGCUUCCCGCGGGGAAUUCAUUCUUCGGGGUAAAUACAUGCGCGAUCGCAUUUUUCAACUCAUCAUACAGUAGCCACAGACUACUCGAUGGUCCUC